UCGAUCUCUUCGCGUGCCCCACGUGUUCCUGCCGCCCGGCUUCGGCGAAGUUUCGCAUGACAGGGCCUGGUGACACGAUGAUUUUGUGAUCAGUCGCCGGCGAUGAUGUGUUUGUUGCUUCCGGAGCAGAACAGAUAGCCAACUAGGAUCAUCUCCGCGCGUGCCCUUAUGCGUUUGAAGAAUGUGCCUGAAGAGUGAUACGGCCGGUCCGGAUUCGAGCCAGAGGUGUAGGCGGUAUGGCCAUCACCGACGAGGAGCUCUCGAGCGAUGAGCGGCCACGGCGCAGCGGUCUCUCGCGGUCCAGGAGUCUGCCGCAGCUGUCUCACCACGAUUCGGGGCUCGGGAGUUACUAUGGGGGCUCAGGUGUGGACGAACCUCCGGCAAGUCGGGCAGCCAGACUGGUCGCCGACUUGCGUCAGCUGCUGACCCUCAAGCAGCACUAUUACCCCGAGGGAGGUUGGGGAUGGGUGGUGCUCGUGUGCGCCGUCCUCGUGCAUAUCCUCAGCCACGGAAUGGUCAGCUCCGCCGGACUCUUCUACGUCGAGAUUGUCAGGAAGUUCGGCACGGCUGUAGCGGAACCAACAGGAUGGCUAGGUGCCAUGUCCACUGGAGUAGCCCUCCUCAUAUCGCCGGUGACCAUAGCCUUUUGCCGACGCAAAUCAACCAGGGUGACGGCGGUGAUGGGCGGCCUCAUAACUGCUCUCGGAUGCCUCUUUACUUCCUUCGCCACGCAGUUCCAUCAGCUAUUCUUCAGCUAUGGUACCGUUGUUGGUAUUGGUGUAGGCAUAACUCGAGACUGCUCAACUUUGAUGGUGGCUCAGUACUUCAAGAGGAGAAGAGAAUUCGUAGAAAUUUUCAUAGUGUCAGGUAGCGGUCUAGGAAUAGCAACGAUGUCCGUCAUCAUAAGAAGCACUAUUGGUGCUCUUGGAUGGAGAUUGGGACUGCAAGUCGUUACUGGUGCCAUCUCGGUAACGUUCAUACUAGGAACGUUCUACCGAUCAGCCUCGCUGUAUCACCCCCAAAGACGGGCGAUACUGCACAUAAAAAACCAAAAACGAAAAAUUAAGGAUAAGAAUAAAAUCGAAGACAAAGUGCCAUUUUUUGAUUUCAGUACUUUAAAGAGUAAAACCGUCCGGAUACUGCUCAUAUCGACUGGAAUAAGUGCUUUCGGUAUUAACACUCCCCUGUUCUAUUUAGCCUACCAAGCUGAAGAAGAGGGGCUUGGCGACUCCACCGUCUUUCUCCAGAUGUACCUGGGGCUGGCGUGGACCGUAGGAUGCGUGGUGUUCAGCACUCUCGUCUUGCAUAAUUCUACGGAGUGCAGGAUAGCGAGGCAGUACCUUUGCCAGACCGCGGUGUUUAUGUGUGGUUUGUCGAUAUUAGCUUUCACUGUGGUCAGUGGCAACUACCACGCUUACGUCAUGUUUGCCUGGAUAUACGGUAUCUUUUGUGGAGGAUAUCAUUACUCGCUGAAGAUGUACACUUAUGAAAGGGUUCGUGCGAGAAACUUUGCUAGGACUUGGGGUUUUGUCCAGUGUUCACAAGCUAUACCAAUAGUCAUUGGAGUGCCAUUUUCAGGUUAUAUGAACGAAAAAUGUGGGGAUCGUGCAGGGUACUACUUUAGUUCAACGUGCGUUUUAGUGGGAAGUCUAACUCUAUUCCUAAUAGACCUACACAGAAGAAAAAUUUCACGCCACAAGCAUACCAGAGAGAAUGGCACACGCCAUCUUUGCGUUUCGGAGACUUGUCCACAGAGAAGAAAACUUUCAUUUUCCCAGGAACCCGAUAACAAAGAUGGAGGCGUCACUCCUGGGGCAGCCGCGGCUGCUCUGGUGCUUGGCACCGACUUGGGGGCAACCCAAGGUAGCGGACUCAUAGACAAUAUUGUUGUAUCCAAUGACAAGCCUGAGUUAACUUGUAUUUCAGAAGAAGGUAUAGCAGACAUGGAUCUUCCAGAUAACCUUUUAGAUGAUUUAGAUUACAUAGGAGACUGCAUCACGUCGUGUAAUAAAGUAGAAAACUAUUUAAUGCUUAGUGAAUUCGAAAAUAAUUUAAUAGCGGAAAUGCCUGUGAUAUUAGACAGGAGGGGUAGGCGCUGGUCCCUUGCGAGACCAAAGCUCUCGCAAAACGAAGACGCCCCAGCCGAAGAAGAAAAUGGCGUAUCUAAGGGUAACGGAAAGUGGAAAGUUUUUCCGAAUCGUGUAAUUACUGUAAUAGAUGAAUCGUCCGUUUAGAAUUUUUUCUAUAUUUUACUGUUGAAUAUACUGCCAUUAGGAACGUAAAGACUCUACCUCAUAGAUAACGUCAUAGAGAACAGAGUACGUAAGUGGAAAGUACAAUAAUGAAUUUUUGGUUUGUGUAACAUUUGUAGUGAAAAUGCUGUGUAAUUAAAUUGUAGUAAUUUAUAUAUUCUAAAUAUAUAUUAUUAUCCAU